AUGAUCUUCCCAUCUCUCCUGCUGGCCCUCCCGGCCCUCCUGCCCCUCGCCGCAGCUGCGCCCGUCCGCCGCGACGCCAACAGCAUCAACGCCGCCCUCGCCGUCGUCUCCAACCGCCUCGUCUCGCUCGACAGCAAGAUCAACAGGUUUACCGGCGGCGUGACCCCCGGCGAGGCCAUCGCCGCCGUCGAGAUCCAGGAGCGCGGCGUCGAGCUGCAGCAGGACCUCGGGGCCGCCGCCAACGCCGUCGACCAGUCGGCGCCCCUGACCGACGGGGAGUCCGCCAGCGUCGCCCGGGCCGUCGCCUCGCUCGCCGGCAACUUGUACCGGGUGCUGGACAGCCUCGACCGCAAGCGGGGCGAGUUCAACAGGCCCAUCCUGGAUGCGAAGCUGGCCUCGUCCCGCGUCAAGACCGCCCUGCAGGGCUUGAAGAGCGUCACCAACGACCUCGGGGAUGCGCUGGCGCUGAAGUUUUCCGCGAGCAUCGGCCGCGCCGCGCCGCUGGUCAUGUCGGCCAUCAACUGGCAUUUGGAUCGGGCGGUGGAGAUUUACGGAUAG